AAAAACAUAGUUAGUCUCAUUUAGGUUGGAUUUUUUUCACUUUACAACUUUGCUAUUAACCUUUAGUCUUGAGCAAAGCUCUAUGCAAUUGGAUAUUGUGAAGAGAUUGGAAGCAUUAAGUUGGACGCGAGAGAAAAUGAUAUUUACACGAGGACCAAUUUUUUCUAAUCUAAUUGUGCAUUCAUUUGUUUGAAUUUGGAUUCUAGUAUGUCUAGGGGAUGAUUUAUGGUGUGCUUUGCUGUCAAUGUAACUGAGAUGAGGGGGGAGAAAAGAACAGAACAAUGUGGAUUCCGUUAUAUUGUGUUGUAAGAGGAGCACUAGAGAAUUGUGUGGUGCUGGAAUAAGGGAAAGAAGGAGGGCUAAUGAGGAGGGAAAUUGCUGCUUUCUGUUACGAAAGGGAAGAAAGCAUUUCCUACAACAUAUGUACCAGAGAGCAAUGCUUAGUGAUAAAGAUUAUGCAUAGUAAAGGAGCUAAACUUAGCAGCAAAGAGGAGAACUUGACAGCUCCUGAUGACGGAAGCAAUGAGCUUAAAAGCAAAGCGGAGGGAGAUGAUAACAGCAAAGUUGCACAAGAUACCACUACAGAAAUGGGGGAUGCAAGCAGCCUUCCAUCAGUAAAAGAAAAUUCCUCUUUUGAGGCAGUUCCUCCUGAAAACUAUACUGGUCAACUGAAUGACCAAAACACCCAGGAUAAGGCCAUAGAGAGCAGCAAUUCACAGAGUUUAGAAAAUUACAACCAAUUACUCUAUAAAUAUUAUGAACUUGAGGAUCAAAGGCAAAAGAUUUUGCAGCAACUAAACCAGUUUGGCAUCUGGGGUGAUCAAAAUUGUGGUUCUAUUUCACAAGAACAUCAAGCUUAUGCACCACAGAAUUUAAAUCCAACAGAAUCUUCUUUCUACUGCCCAUAUGGAUGCCAAAGUUGGGUGUCUCCAUGCACUGCAUCACCUUGUUGUUUGGGUGGAAAUCAGGAUGACAAACCAUGCGAUGCUUCUUUACGAUGUGUUCAAGGAAAGAACUCGUCUCCUCAAAACCCUAAUUUGGUUACAGCAAUGGAAGCUGCAGAAAAAGCACUGUCCUCCUUAAAGCAAGCUUCUAACACGGCUUCACUGAAUUCAUUUGCGAAGGAAGGAAAACAAAUAGAGAUAAUGAACCCUGUUGCUUCAGAGAAAACUGGCGGCUUGGAGACGGAUCUAACGGAAGUGCUGAAUGCAUGGUACUCUGCAGGCUUUUACACUGGAAAGUAUCUUUCAGAGCAGUCCAUGAAGAGAGAUGGUUAGCUACUUAGCUUUGUACUGGUUUGGUAGGAAAUCAAAUGUGGUGUUGUCAAUUUGACAGAGAAAAAAUCAUGUAUUAAUGUUUGCACACUAGAAUUCUGGUAGGUUGAUUUUUCGAAAUGUUGAUUUUUGCAUAGGAGUGGGGUUUUUACCUUGUGCGCAUUCAAAGGGUAGCGGCUGUGGAUUUUCUUUGUUAUCAAA